UUAGGGCAUGAUAUCCACUUCCAUGACAAGAAGAUUGCUCUGCUGGAAGCUGGUCCUAGGAAGGAGUAUGAUCACCUGCCAGACAGUUACAGUAACAGGGUCAGUUCCAUCUCCCCGGGAUCAGCAACCCUCCUGAGCAGUUUUGGAGCCUGGGAUCAUGUUUGCAGCCUGAGACUCAAACCGUUCCGGAGAAUGCAGGUGUGGGAUGCUUGUUCUGAAGCCAUGAUCGUUUUUGAGAAAGAUGACUUAGAUGACAUGGGUUACAUAGUGGAGAAUGAUGUCAUUAUGUCUGCUCUCACAAAACAGUUAGAUGCAGUAGCAGACCGGGUGGAGGUUUUCUACGGGAGCAGAGCAGUGGGGUAUACCUGGCCCCUUCCCUCUCACAGCCGUGACACAAGCCCUUGGGUGCAAAUUGAGUUAGCUGAUGGACGCAGACUUCAGACCAAACUGCUGAUUGGUGCGGACGGUCAUAACUCUGUAGUCCGGAAGGAAGCUGAAAUUAAUAACAUUGAGCAUCGGUACGACCAGUCAGCUCUCGUGGCAACUCUUCAUUUGUCUGAGGCCACAGACAAUAACGUAGCAUGGCAGAGGUUCCUUCCCACAGGGCCAAUUGCACUUCUUCCGCUGUCUGACACCGCCAGCUCCCUGGUCUGGUCUACAUCUCAUCAACAUGCAUUGGAACUUCUCACUAUGGAUGAGGAAAGUUUUGUGGAUAGUGUCAACUCUGCCUUUUGGAGCAAUGUAAACCACUCUGACUUCAUCAAUACUGCUGGGGCCGUGUUUCGAUCUGCCAUUUCCUUCCUGAAACCCUCAGGGUCUGCGGUCCGCCAGCUGCCCCCCAGCGUUGCUAAAGUAGAUCCAGAGAGCCGAGCCAUGUUCCCCCUCGGCAUGGGGCAUGCCACAGAGUAUGUCCAGCACCGCGUGGCUCUGAUCGGGGAUGCAGCGCACAGAGUCCACCCACUUGCAGGACAAGGUGUAAACCUGGGCUUUGGCGAUAUUGCAUGUUUAGCUCAUCACCUCAGUGCAGCAGCCUUCAACGGGAGCGAUCUGGGCUCCUUAAAACAUCUCUUAAAGUUUGAGACAGAACGUCAGAGGCACAAUGUCUCCUUGAUAGCUGCCAUCGAUGUGCUAAAGAGGCUUUACUCCACGCGGCUGGCUCCCUUGGUGUUGCUGAGGACAUGGGGAUUACAAGCAACAAAUGCCCUGCCUCCUGUCAAAGAGCAAAUCGUGGCUUUUGCCAGCAAGUGAUCUGUUGUCAGCUUGGAACGGCUGCUUGCCAGUGAAUGCACUGCCCUUAUAAGGACUGGGACUGACUUCAAUUUUUGAAUUGUGUUAUUUUAAUUUGACAAUAAAACUGAGGGAUUGAGCUGUGUAUUACAUCA